AUGAAUCAUUCUAAUAAUGACGACGCGUUCGCCAGUAGUAGCACCCGCAUAACUUCCAGCAAGAGCUUCGUACCUGGAUCGAACCUCGAUGCAGCUGCAGUGCCCUCCUCGCGGCUGCAGAAGCAGAGGUCGAACGCCGGUAUGCGCAGCGCGAGCCAUGGCCAACCCUUCUCCAGCGCUGGGCAAAGUAUCGCGGCAAUGCGAGGGGAUGGGUCGUCUGUGAGUGGUUUUGGGGAUGGGGCAAAGGCGCGGAAAGGAUCGAUUCGGAAUGCGGUCAAGAAGAUCUUUGGGAGAAGAGGGAGGGAAGUUGUUUCUCAAGGGCCGGAUACUGGCAGUCAUCCGCCAGCGUCCAGACAUACAUAUCACAAGUCCGAGCCGACUGGUCUGCCACCACCGCGAGAAGAUCCUGAGCCGUUCAUUCAAGACACCAACUUGAUCGAGCGGACAUUCGCGGACCCUUACCAAGCAGCUCCAUCUCCUCCUUUCCAUCGAACGAGCUCCCCGUAUGCGAUGCAGUUUCCCAACAGUGUGAGAUUGAAACCUAUGGAUUUGGGGAAUCCGUUCAUUGCACCUCCCAACCAGCUUCGACGACGCAAGACCCUUCCCAGCUUAUUGCUGGAAGAGCGCGAGGAGUCGGCAGCUGAUGUACCACCUAGGGAGUCGACGGACAUAGCUCAAGCGAGCGAUCCCGCGCGCGAGACGCCCACACCUCUACCCAAGCGAACGACGAGCCAAGUGAAGAAGGCAAGGAGGAAGUCGCGAAGUACGGAUGAUCUGAAGAGUUCAUCGACGAUUGAGCAAGCGACACCGAGGAAGAAGAGUAAGGAGAUACGGCAUCUGCGUGAAAGCUUUCAACCAGAUGUGUUGCGUGCGAGCGGGUUCACGACGAGGUACAGGCCGAGAGAAGAGGAGCCGGAAGAGCAGCCGAACAUCGUGCAGCGCAGGAGUCCAAGAGGGUUUCAAGGUGAAGAGGACGCGACACAAGAGAUACGGAGUGGAGACGCAUAUCAGAAUCAGACAGGUCCAGGUUCGGCGUUGCUGAGAAGCAGUCCGCCUGGGCAAUACGGGCACCGCCCGUCACCCAGCUUUGGGGAUGUUAGACUAUCGUCGGGUGCGGGCACGGAGAUGUCGAAAGAUCUCGAGGAUCGAGUCGCGAAGCUCGAGGCCGGCCUGCAGAACUUCCAGAAUUCUUUGCAGAGGCUCACUGCAGAAAGGAAUCGAAGGACCAUCAUCAUGGGGAGCGUGAACACUCGACGCUCUUCAAACGACAUGCGGACUCCCAGCCUGCUGGCAGACACGCUCGCGGAUCCCCUGGAGCCUUCAUCGUACGAGUAUGAGUACGGCCACACGAUACGACCGUCUACGUCGCCUCAACCACCCCCUCCAGCUCCCGCACAAACUCAAGGCAGUCUCGAAGACCCGUUUGGCCCCGACCUGCCUCGUCCGUCAGCCUCAGCUCGACAAUCUAUCCCUCCGCCUGCACAAACAGCACCACCUCCCGCUCGAGGCUCUACAGCAGGAACAAGCCAACCCGAUCGCAGCCCAGAGAACUUCCCCAUGCCACUGCAAUCCCACCCACCAACGCAACACGCUCCAGCGCCCUCCUCCUCAACCGUCGGCACAGCCACCGCCCUCAGCACCCGCACAACACCCACCCAACCGCAACCCUACACCUUCUCCUCCCUCUACCAAAUGCUCUCCGACGAACGCUCAGCGCGCCGCAAACUCGAAAACCAACUAAAAUCCCUCCAGCGCGAGAUCUCCGACCUCCACACCCAAGUCUCCAUCAACACCACCGCCUCCUCCGCCGUCCACUCCACGCGCAGCAGCUACAUGCUCGCGGGCUCCUCGACCCGGCUGCAGGAACUCCUACGAGAGACCGAGGAAGCAGGCAGUCCGCCCCGCUCCGCGCAUGCCAGGGACUCCGGCGCUGGUGCGGGGAUGAUCAGUCGGUUCAGCGGGAGCGAGAGCGAAGCCGGCGUGGGCGGAGCUGGGGAGUAUGGCUACGAGGACUCUUUGGCGACGCCGUAUGAGGCUUAUCGCACGCCGAGGGAGGGUAGGAGCGCGUAUAGUCUUGUCGGAGGAGGCGGGGCGGGGAGUCGAGUCGAUGCGGAGAUGUUUUGA